GUGCCAGGGGAGGGGCGAGGGCGAGGCCAGCCCACCGGGCAGGGGCGUCGCCAAGGGACACCCAAUCACCAUUAUUUCUGAAGCCCAAGGGGGCAGGACAAGAAGUCAGCGGAAUGGUGAUGCUACUGGAAGUCUAGCACCUGGGGAGAGACAGACUUGUGUAUCUAAUUGCCUAUUGGACACCUCCAUCUGGGUAAACCCAGGCAUCCAGAACUUCCCCUCAAGACUUACCUCCCUCAAUGCAGGUUGGGCUGGCCUCACACAUUUCGCUUGGAUGCCUAAAUCUGUUUCCACGUGGGGCCGGCCGGUAAUACAACACUUCCCAGAAUACUCUGCGAUCCAAGAGCAGUCUGCAGGCGGAAACUACAACUCCCAGGGGUCUGUGCGCGCCGUCAGGGGGCGGGGCUUGCGGCCUUGUCUCCCGGGGAGAGGAGAUGGCGGAGUCUUUGAGGUCCCCCCGCCGCUCCUUGUACAAAUUGGUGGGCUCGCCGCCUUGGAAAGAGACUUUCCGGCAGAGAUGCCUGGAGAGAAUGAGAAACAGCCGGGACAGGCUCCUAAACAGGUACCGCCAGGCUGGAAGCAGUCGGCCAGGGAAUGCUCAGAACACCUUUCUAGUGCAAGAGGUGAUGGAAGAAGAGUGGAAUGCUUUGCAGUCAAUGGAGAAUUGUCCAGAAGACUUGGCUCAGUUGGAGGAGCUGAUAGACAUGGCUGUGCUGGAGGAAAUUCAACAGGAGCUGAUCGACCAAGAGCAGUCCAUCAUCCGCGAGUAUGAGAAGAGCUUGCAGUUUGAUGAAAAGUGUCUCAGCAUCAUGCUGGCUGAGUGGGAGGCAAACCCACUCGUCUGUCCUGUAUGUACAAAGUACAACCUGAGAAUCACAAGCGGUGUGGUGGUGUGUCAGUGUGGCCUGUCCAUCCCAUCUCAUUCUUCUGAGUUGACAGAGCAGAAGAUUCGUGCCUGUUUAGAGGGUAGUAUAAAUGAGCACAGUGCGCACUGUCCCCACACACCUGAAUUUUCAGUCACUGGAGGAACAGAAGAAAAGUCCAGUCUUCUCAUGAGCUGUCUGGCCUGUGAUACCUGGGCUGUGAUCCUCUAGAGCCAGCGUGGACUCACAUCAUUCUACGGUUUGAAGACCACUCACUCCCUGAGGAGCCUUGUACAUACAAGCCUUUUAUUUAUAACUUAUUUUGUAUCGAAACUUUUAACCGAUCCUGAAGGAAAAAAAACUUUUCCGACAUCUCUGUUCUUGGUCUUUUGUGACGCAGGUUGAAGCGGGAGGAAUAGAAUAGAUACACUGCUUUGGAGGAGAUAAACCAAUUUUAUGUCUAUCAUGUUAUACAAAAAUCUAGAAAUAAUAGAUUUGUACAGGAAAAAUGAUAAUGAGAGCGCAAAACAUA